GACGCCCUCCGCGAGCUGAGCGCCCUCGCCGCCGCCGGGCCCGAGCCCGCGGCGCCGCAGGCGUCCCGGGCGCGGCAGCUGCUCCUGGAGCUCGCUCGGGAGCUCGCCAGCGACGCCCCGCCGCCCCUGCAGGAGCGCCGGCUGAGGCAGCUCGCGGCGCAGCCCGCGUUCCUCACGUGCGCGGGCACCUGGGCGCCGGCGGCCGGGGGCACCGUCGUGGCGGACGACUGGCAGCUGCUGCAGGAGCUCCGCCGGGAGCUCCGCCCGGAGGCCUCCGCGCGCCUGCUGGACGCGGCCCGCGAGGGCAUCGCCGAGCUGCAGCCGCUGGCCGCCUUCUUCGGCAUGCCGCUGCUCUCCGAACAGCUGCGCCGGGGGGUGCCCGAGGACUCAGACUGCGCGUCCAGGGCGCGGGCGGCCCCGGCCUGGACACGGCGGCUGCGCGCCGCGGUCCCCUCCUGCGCGCGCCUGGCGCACGGCUGCGCGCCGCAGCUGCUGGAGGGCGCCGACGCGAGUCGGUGGUGGGCGAGUGGGUCGAGCUGCUGCGUGGGCUCUCCUGCGAGGUCGUGCCGGACCUCCACGUGGAGCAGCGCGUCGAGGGCCUGCAGCCCCUCGCCCGCAGGGUGCCGUGCGAGGCCUUCGGCGACGCGGCCGGCGGGCGGGUGCUGGUGGACGCCCGCUUCGCGCAGGGCCGCGGCGCGCUGCUCGAGGUCGCCGCGGAGGCGGCGCAGCUCUUCUGCCACCGGCUCCCCGCGCGCAGCAGGGAGCUCUUCGCGCAGCGGGUGCAGCUCUUAUCCGGGCGUGCCGAGCCCCGCAGACGUGCGGCGGCUCUUCGACGUUGGCACCCUGAGGGCGGUGCGGCCCCUGCCGCCAGACGUCGCGGAGAGGCUGGCGGAGGCGGCGCGGGCCGCCGCCGCCUCGGCCGCCGGCGGGGCCCCGCAGGGCCCCGCGCUCGAGGAUGGCGCAGAGGGGAGAGCGCCAUGAGGGCCGGCGCGCAGGCGUUUGUGCCCCUGAGCCAGAGGGAGGAGGCCAUACGCUCCGCGCAGGCCCGCGCCCUCGAGGCCUCCGGCGCGCGGGCGCCCGCGGAGGGCGCCCCGCCCGGCGGCCCCUGCGGCCGCCCGCCGGGCGCGGGCGCCGCCUCGGGCUGCUGGGCGGCCUGCGGGGAGGUGGGCGGCCAGGCCGUCGACGUGCCGGAGGUGCUCGCGGGCCUGCUGGAGCUGGACGCGCCGCCGCGCGAGGCGCAGGCGGAGGCCGGCGAGGCCUCCAUCCUGUCCUCCCUGGUGUGCCGCGGCCUCGCGCCGGGCCGCGCCGGCGGCGCGGGCCAGGCCCUCCACGGGGCGAUCGACGGCGCGACGGCGCGGGACUGGCGGAGCGGCGUCGAGGCCGCCAUCGCGGUGGUCACGAGGGUGUACCGGGAGAACGGCGGGCCGGCGGUGAUGGCGGGGCACGGGGCGCGCUGCGUGUCCGAGAGCCUGCAGAGCCUGCUCGUGAGCCAGCUGAGGUUUUCGCACCGCAGCAUCUCGCCGCAGUUCGGCGGGGGCUGCCACCGCAGCCAGGACAUCCGCACUCUUGUGGAUGCGCUGUGCGACGGUAGUGUCAGCGCAGCAGAGCUGAACAUCCGCGCAGUCUACUUUGGUGGACGCGUCCACGCGCUGAACAACCGACGGACGUGGGCGCUGAAGGAGCACAGCAGGCUCUGCGGGGUAGACUUGUGUGUCCCCGUGACGGUGUAUACGUUGUGCCCUAUCACGGCUAAGUUUAUUCUGGGGUAUUCCACCCGCAACGAGGGCGAGUCUGUGCGCGUCAGCUUCUGA